AUGGUGAUUCUGGAAGAGCUUUCUCCUGGACUUGCAGCGCUCACAGUGAGCUGUGAUUCUGGGAAUCUGGGCUCCAUAUCCCGGGUCCAGCUGCUCCUCUUGGAUCGUCCAGUUCAAGAGACCACUUUGGAGGAUGCUUUUUCCCCCGUUCAGGAAUGGUCUGACCUGACGGCACCAUACGACAGCCCUGAGUGGAUUUGGACAGGUCAUUCAAGAUCUCCCACAGCUGGCAGCGGCUCUGAAAGGUUCAACUCUGCAGGCAGUUUUCAGGGAAAUAAAUGGAAUCAGUCUGAAGGAGAUUCUGGGUCGCCGUCAUCUUGCAUCAUAGACCUGAGUCCAUCCUUAGAAACACCCAGAUCCUCAGAUUCCUCCAUCCAGUCAAACCUUGAUAAUGGGAACACUGGUGAGGAGGAAACCCAUCCAACAGAAAGUAACAGCGUAGCUCUGCGUUCUGAUGGAGAACGACCUGAAGAGAAGAACCAGGGGAUGGAGGAGAGGAAAAGCAAGGCGUUAAUCAUGCUCUCCAAACUGCAGGACAGCACCCCACGUCACAGCAAAAGCGGCAGGGGCCGCUCCAACUUUGAGGACUUCGACUUUCUGGCAAAGUAUUGCAUUUUCAGUCAGGAGAAGUUGGAGGAGUACAAAAGGGCUUUUGAAGCAGAGGACAACGACGAGGAUGGCUACCUCUCCUGCCUGCAGGUUCUCCUCGCCCUCAAAACCAUCAUUCCUCCUGAGCUGCUGUCCGAAAAAGAAGAGAUCUACGUCUACAGGAUCCUGGAGAUGGUGGACUUCAGAGUGACAGACGGACUCGUGGACCUGAGGCUGUUUGCUGUGAUUGCGAGUCUGGCACAGAAAAUAGCCUCCAUGGACGAGUUUAUGCGAUCACUGAUCAGCAACAUGGACCUCCGCUCCCUUGAAGUGCGUCUCUUUAAAGCAAAGCAGCUGUUCCUGUUACUCCUGGAGGACCAGCAGGACGUGUCUGGAGCUCAGCAGGGCUUCAUCAGCAGGGAGCAGCUCUUUCUGGAGCUGAAGGCUGGAGGUAUCCAUAUGGAGCAGGAGGCGGCCAUCAGGAUGGAGCUGCAGCGCAUUCCCCCACUAGAUCUGCUGGACUUCCUGGCCUACCUGCCUCUUUUCAUGCUCAUCCACAAGUCUGUGAUCUCCAACCCGCUCGAUAACUCCAGCCACCUCUGAGCUCCGCAGCUGCAUGUUAAACUGAAGGCAUUACCAUGCUGGUUUUAUAUUACAGUGAAGAAUAUAUAACGAGCUGGAUCUGCUGCUGGCUGAAGUGUUCCCAAAUACAAAAUGCUAAAGGUGCAGUUUUGUACAGUGUUUGUUAAGAAAGUGAAACUUUAAUUUAGUUUAAUUUCUCAUUUAUUUAGUUUAAGACUUGGACAAGUCCUAAGACUAAUAAAAGUUUAUGUUAAAAGACAUUCAUCCCACUUUUUCAUAUGAUAUCAGUCAAUAGUAAAGACAGAACUUUGAUCUUUGGCUUAAAACUAAAUGUAAAAAUGUCUGAUUUCAAUGCAAACAGCAGGUGUUUAUAAAUCCUGCCUGGGAAGUUGUUUGAGAAUCCAAGAAUUUUCACAAUCUUUUGUUUCAAAACAUUUAUAAAAGGAUUUAUUUUGUUUAAAUUGAGCUAUAUUAAUCCAUCCAUCAUCCAUUCAUCUGUUGUUCUUCUGGCCCUUUUCAACUUAUAUAUCCAUAAAGAGUCCCUCCAUCAUUGCAUCAAUCCAAUGCCCAUUAUUAGUCUAUCUUGGCAUCCAUCUACAUAGUCUGUUAUCCAUCUCUGUCACAUCAACGGACCAACAAUCUAUCCACUGUAUGUCAAUAAAUCCAUGUUUACCAAAAUGUAGGACAUUUUAAAGAAAAAAAGCAUAUUUGGAAGUUAGAUCUCAAGACAUCAAUCAAUUUAAAUGAGGACAACUUCGGAACAGGAGAAAACUAAAGGCUGUUCUACGACCAUUGUUCCAAAUUGUAUGUUAUAAACUCUUCUGAAUAAAUACAGGCUAUACUCAAAUAUUAGGUUGAGUUUAUAUCUGUUUUUCAGUGGUGUCAAAAGUAUACAUACAUUUCUUACUUAAGUAGAAGUAUAGAUACUGCAGUUUAAAAACACU